AUGUCUAACAUCUUAAAAGCGAAAUGGAACCGCACGGUUAUAGCCAAGCGAGCCGUGUUUCUCGCUGCUGCAGCAUACGGCGUCAAGACGCUUUACCCGCUCAUCUACAGGCAGCUCUGCAAAAAACAAGCCGAAAACGGAUCUGCGUGCUUGUUCAAAUCCAGUAUAGAUGCAGCGGAUCCAUCCAAGACGUCCCCGGGAGUAAACGCGGAAUUCUUCAAGCAGAUCUUGGAGCUGGCAAAAAUCCUUUUCCCCAAGCUGCUGUCAAAGGAACUGGCUUUGUUGUCAUUGCAUUCUGUGGCGUUGAUCUCCAGGACAUUCCUGUCUAUCUACGUGGCCAGCUUGGAUGGUAAAAUAGUGAAGAGCAUCGUGGAGAAGCAACCGAGGAGCUUCAUCUUACAGCUCGUCAAAUGGCUUCUAAUCGCUAUCCCUGCCACGUUCGUCAACAGCGCCAUCCGUUUCUUGGAAUGCAAGCUCGCCCUGGCUUUCCGCACCCGCUUGGUCAACCAUGCCUACAGGACCUACUUCACAGAACAGACCUACUACAGAGUCAGCAACAUGGACGGGAGGUUGGCCAACCCGGACCAGUCCCUCACAGAGGACGUGCUUAUGUUCUCCCAGUCGGUGGCCCAUCUGUACUCCAACCUCACCAAGCCCAUCUUGGACGUGAUGCUCACUUCCUACACGCUCAUCCAGACCGCUCGCUCCCGGGGCGCCAACGCCAGCGGACCCACGCUGCUCGCCGGCCUGGUGGUCUUCGCCACUGCCAAGGUUCUGCGAGCCUGCUCGCCUAAAUUCGGAAAGCUGGUGGCGGAGGAGGCGCAUCGGAAGGGAUAUUUGCGCUAUGUGCACUCCAGGAUCAUUGCUAACGCAGAAGAAAUUGCCUUUUAUCGAGGACAUACGGUGGAGAUGCGCCAGCUCCAGAGGUGCUACCGCGCUUUGGCCGAGCAGAUGAACCUGAUCCUCUCCAAGCGGCUCUGGUACAUUAUGAUCGAGCAGUUCCUCAUGAAGUACGUGUGGAGCGGCAGCGGCCUUGUCAUGGUGGCGGUGCCCAUCAUCACCGCAACGGGCUUUGCUGACAACGAAACUGCAGAUGGUCACCCACAUCGCAUGGUGAGCGAGAGAACGGAGGCGUUCACCACCGCCCGGAACCUUUUGGCCUCGGGAGCCGACGCCAUCGAGAGGAUCAUGUCGUCCUACAAAGAGGUCACAGAACUGGCAGGGUACACCGCGCGGGUCCACAACAUGUUUGUCGUGUUCGAGGACGUCCAGAGGGGCGUCUACAAGCGCUCGUCACUGAGCGCUGCCAACGGAGGGGAGAAGAAAAGCAAGCCAGAGAUGCACAUCGAGGGCCCUCUGGAAAUUAAGGGUGAAGUGAUUGAUGUGGAGAACGGUAUUGUGUGCGAAGACGUCCCGAUAAUAACACCAAACGGGGAUGUUGUAGUUUCCAGCCUCAAUGUUAAGGUGGAAGAAGGAAUGCACCUAUUGAUCACAGGGCCCAACGGCUGCGGUAAAAGCUCCCUCUUCCGCAUCCUCAGCGGUUUGUGGCCGGUGUACGGCGGGCGCCUUCGCAAACCCUCCCCUCAGCAUAUGUUCUACAUCCCGCAGAGGCCCUACAUGUCUAUGGGCUCUCUUCGGGACCAGGUGAUAUAUCCUGAUUCAGUAGACGACAUGGCUACCAGAGGCCUCGACGACAAGGACCUGGAAGCCAUCUUGGAUAUCGUCAACCUCAACCAUAUUGUCACCAGGGAAGGAGGUUGGGAUGCUGAGCUGGACUGGAAGGACGUGCUAUCUGGGGGCGAGAAGCAAAGGAUGGGAAUGGCUCGCAUGUUUUACCACAAGCCUAAAUACGCCUUGUUGGAUGAGUGCACCAGCGCCGUUAGCAUCGAUGUAGAGGGCAAAAUUUUCCAAGCCGCCAAGGACGCCGGCAUCUCCUUGCUGUCCAUCACGCACAGACCUUCAUUAUGGAAGUACCACACGCACCUGCUGCAGUUCGACGGCGAGGGCGGCUGGCGCUUCGAGCAGCUGGACACGGCCACGCGGCUAUCUCUCACCGAGGAGAAGCAGCGGCUGGAAAGCCAAUUGGCCGGUAUCCCCGAGAUGCAGCAGCGCCUCAACGAACUCUGCAAGAUUUUGGGCGACGACUCGGUGCUCCGAACCGCCGACGAGUAA